CCUCGCCCAGCCUGCAGAGAGAUCACCCAACAUGACGCAACAAAAUACUCGUUACGUUGUACUGGAAACGAGUGCUGGGUCAAUAACCAUUGAGCUGUACUGGAACCAUGCGCCGAGAACCUGCGAGAAUUUCUAUCAACUGGCGAAACGGGGGUAUUAUAAUAAUGUGAAAUUCCACAGAAUUAUACCGGAUUUUAUGAUUCAAGGAGGGGAUCCGACCGGAACAGGACGUGGAGGAACUAGUAUUUACGGCGAGAAGUUCCCGGAUGAGAUACAUCCUCAAUUGAAGCACACUGGAGCAGGGAUUAUAUCCAUGGCAAACAGCGGUCCAAAUACCAACGGCUCCCAAUUCUUCAUCACCCUCGCGCCUACGCCGUGGUUGGACGGAAAGCAUACGAUUUUCGGAAGGGUUAGUGCGGGUAUGAAUGUGGUGAAAAGACUUGGAUUGGUUCCAACCGACGCUGCAGAUAGACCAAAAGACGAUAUUGUAAUUUUGCGAACACAGGCACUUUGAAUGAUAUCCUGAGAGCCCCCUUUUAUUUCCAAUCACUUAAUUAGUUACAAG